AUGAAACAAUUUAACUGUUUCUUCAAUUGUAGCUGUAAUUCUCAUCGAAUUUAUCAAUAUUAUGCUGCCUUUGCAGCCAAUUUAUACCUAGUGUGUAACGCGAUGAAUUAUGGAUGGCCAUCGCCAUCUCUACCCAUUCUUCUCAGUGGUAACCACACUUUCCGUAUAACCAGCUAUGAAGGCUCGUGGAUAGCGGUGAUGCCUUCCAUAGGCAAAGUGUUCGGCAUUAUAUUCGCAGGACUAAUCGUGGACUACAUCGGCAGAAAGAAAUUGCUAUUGUACACUUCCAUACCUUUUUUCGUGUCCUGGUUGAUGGUGGGGUUUACUCGAACAUCAUCGUUAAUGUUCAUAGGAAGAUUUAUCGCAGGACUGAGUGACGGUUCGUUUUCAGUGAUUCCAAUGUAUUUGGCGGAAAUUUCCGAACCAAAAAUAAGGGGACUGCUCACUUCUUUCUGUUCUGUGAACGUUGCCGUUGGACAUUUGUUGAUCAAUGUUAUAGGAUCGAAUUUGCCCAUAAGCACGACAGCGUUCGUAUCGUCGACAUUCCCCCUGGCUUUUUUCUUACUCUUCAUGUGGUUGCCGGAGAGCCCCUAUUUUUAUCUCAUGAAAGGAAAUGAAAAGGCUGCCAAACGAAGCUUACAAAAAUUUCGAGAAUCAUCGGAAGUAGAUGCUUACUUUGAUUUAAUAUCAAAAGGCGUCAAAGAGCAAAACGAGAACCGAGGAAAGUUCUUGGAUUUAUUUACGGAUCAAUUCAAUAGAAAAGCUCUUAUUAUUGUAGUCGGUUUGAAAACUAUACAACAGUUGAGCGGAAAUAUUGCCAUCAUGUUUUACUGUCAGAUAAUUUUUGUGGAAUCAAAGGACUUUGUGUCUCCGGGCCUGGCAAGUAGUUUAUAUUUCUUAAUAAAAGUUAUUGUCACUUCAGUGUCGUCUUUUAUAGUGGAUUCCACCGGCAGACGUCCGUUAUUGUUUAUGUCAACUACAGGAAGUGCACUUUCGCUGUUUUCCAUCAGCGCGUUUAUGUACGUUAAAAACUCAACCAAUCUAGACACUACCGAUUUUGAAUUUGUUCCUGUGGCCUCUCUAAUUGUAUUCGCAGUGUUUUUUAGUUUGGGACUGCAAACAAUUCCCGUGGUAAUGGCAGGGGAAAUGUUUCCGACGAACAUUAAAGCUUUUGCCUUGGCGCUUGAUGAUAUUUAUUUUUGUGUAAUUUCUACACUCGUGUCUACAUUUUUUUACUGGUCAGAUGAAACGUUUGGUAUGUCAAUUCCGUUUUUAGCCUUUGGAAUAUUUUGUGUUUUAGGAUUAAUGUUUAUUUAUUUUUUUGUGCCGGAAACCAAAAAGAAAUCUCUAGAAGAUAUUCAGCGAAUGUUAAAAGGGGAAAAAUUAUAG